CAUCAUGUUGUAUGUUGUCAUCAUGGCAUCUCGCGAUCCUUGUUGAUGAUGCGUGCGAGCUUGCCUCCGCCGCUUCACGCUUCGUCUAUCUGAUAACACGAGCAAAGGACCCUUUUGGACCUUUUUGAAUCCUAAUAGGCAACUACUACCUCUUUAGCUAACGAUGGACGUCGACAAAACUACUCUCUCAGUGGAGCAACGAAUGGACCAAAAGUUGAGAUCGAGUUUGGAGAUACAUCACUUGGAAUUUGUUGAUACUUCGGGCAACUGUGGAAUGUCUUAUGCCGUCACCAUCGUGUCCCCUAAUUUUGCAAAAAAGAUUACGUUGCAAAGACACAAGCUUGUGAACCAAAUACUUGCGGAAGAGAUUGCUCAGCUUCAUGCUUUCUCUCAAAAAACACUCACUCCUGAGCAAUGGGAGAAAGAAAAAACCAAAUAGGGUGAUUUGAUAGGUCAGCAAGCAUGAGUAAUUUAGUAGGGUGAGGAUAGAUUGCAGCGUUCAUAUGUAUCAUAUCAUAGCUUGAAUCCUG